UAAAGUGGAGAGAUGGAGGAUGGCAGCACAAUACCCAGUCAUGCUGGAAUUCCCUUCUGCUUACAGCUAGAAACAUUUUCAUAUGCCAGCAAUUAAAAAAGAAAAAAAAUCCCUCAUGUAAUGAAGAACUCUGCUAGAGACCUGCAACGUUUAGGCAUUGGGUUGGAUUUUAUUACCAUGAUGAAAUUACACAAGCUUUGCUUCUCUCUCUCUUUGCCUGCUGUGCAGCUCCUCGCUCUCUCCCCUUCUCCUUGGCUGCCUCCGCACGUUCCCUCCCUGCUGGCUUUGCAGCCGGGGUGGGGGAGGCAGGGAUGCAGGCAGGACAGGCAGCCCUGAGCUCCCUCCCAGCCCCGGCUUCUCUCGGUUGGGAUCCCCUGGGCUGCAUCAUUGGCAUGCAGCUCCCGGCAGGACUGCAUCACUGCUAGAGGAGGAGAUGCCGGCGCAGAGCCACGCCACGCCGCACCGCGCAGGCAGCAGCACCGCCCGCAACUUGGGGUGCUGAAGGCAAGGGAUGAGAGCCCUGUGCAUAGAAAAUAUGGAUUUCUGUCCUUUACCUAGUGCACAGCUGCUAGAAAAAAAGGAGUCCUGUCACUAAUCUCAUCUUGGUACCUGGAUGCAGUCGCAGCGGGAUGAUUGGCUUGGCUUGCAGAGCAUUUACUUCUAAUCUCCGGCUUGUGACAUCCUAGCACGAAGGGGCGACUCUUUCAGGAGCGGCUCCACGGGCUAGAAAGAGGGGAAAUGGCUAGUGAACGGCUGUGAUGAAGUAUUUCCUAGUUCUGGACAUGACCUUCACCACCACAAUGAAUCAGGAAAAACCUGACAAAUCCUCCUAGCUUUCUGGCUGUGGAAUUUGUUGUUCCCUUGUUGUUCACCAGACAGCAGCUCUUUCCACCCAAAGCACAGAAGAAACCAGCAAGUCACAAAUGACAGCUGAAAAGUGAAGCACUAUCAUACUUUGUAUGAGAGUCUGUCAAAGAGGAACUUUAUAUAGUAGUUAUCUUUUUGUACCUGGGAAGUUGUGUAUCCCAUCAGUUCCAAAGAACAGAGAUAUGUUCAAGUAAUCAACACCAGAAAUUGCACAAAUCAGUACUUACAUUACAGUGUCUACACACAGUGAUCUGCAGCGUUUAGAAAUCCGCAUUCAGAAUGGAUGAUGGAUAUAGAAACACAAACCUCUAUCAAGGGGGCAGGGAGGCAAACCAAGUCUCAGAUGACUACAGGUACCAGGAUGGUAACUACGAAGGGUACGCACCCAAUGACGGCUACUAUCGUGGUGGCGAUGAGCCUGCUCAUGAAGAAGAUGCCCAGAGUGAUGUCACAGAAGGCCAUGAUGAAGAUGAUGAGGUCUAUGAGGGGGAGUACCAAGGAAUCCCGCACCCAGAUGACAUUAAAGAAAAACAGAAGAAGCGAGCUCCUGCCAUGGAUGAUGAGUACAGAGACCGUGCUGACCUUAUGGCAGAGAGGAUGGAGGACGAGGAGCAGCUUGCCCACCAGUACGAGAACAUCAUUGAGGAGUGUGGCCAUGGACGCUUCCAGUGGACCCUCUUCUUUGUUUUAGGGUUGGCACUGAUGGCAGAUGGGGUGGAGGUGUUUGUGGUAGGAUUUGUUCUCCCCAGUGCUGAGAAGGAUAUGUGCUUAUCCAGUUCAAACAAAGGGAUGCUAGGCUUGAUAGUCUACUUAGGAAUGAUGGUGGGGGCUGUCAUGCUGGGCGGCCUUGCUGAUAAACUGGGAAGAAAGAAAUGCCUCAUCCUGUCACUUGCAAUCAAUGCUGCCUUCGCGUUCCUCUCCUCCUUUGUCCAGGGAUAUGGAUUCUUCCUCUUCUGCCGCCUUAUCUCGGGCCUCGGUAUCGGAGGAUCCCUCCCCAUUGUGUUUGCCUAUUUCUCUGAAUUCCUGUCUCGUGAGAAGAGGGGGGAACACCUGAGCUGGCUUUGCAUGUUCUGGAUGAUCGGUGGCAUUUUUGCUUCAGCAAUGGCUUGGAGCAUCAUCCCACAUUAUGGCUGGGGGUUCAGUAUGGGAACCAACUACCACUUCCACAGCUGGAGAGUCUUUGUUCUUGUCUGUGCUCUGCCCUGCAUCGCCUCCCUGGUGGCACUGAAAUUCAUGCCUGAAAGCCCACGUUUUUUGCUGGAGAUAGGUAAACACGAUGAAGCCUGGAUGAUUCUCAAGCAAGUUCACGACACCAACAUGCGAGCGAAGGGUGAGCCAGAGAGGGUGUUCACGGUUUCCUAUAUCAAAACUCCAAAGCAAGUAGAUGAAUUUAUUGAAAUUCAGAGCUCAACAGGGACCUGGUACCAGCGGUGGCUAGUCAGAAUCACAACUACUUUCAAACAGGUCUGGGACAAUGUGCUAUAUUGUUUAACAGCCCAGUACAGGAUGAACACACUGAUGCUGGCUGUGGUUUGGUUUACAAUGGCCUUAAGUUACUAUGGCCUUAUUGUCUGGUUCCCUGAUAUGAUCCGGUAUCUCCAAGAUGAGGCGUAUGAAUCCCGAGUGAAGAUCUUUGAUGAGGAAGAAGUGUCACACUUCACGUUUAAUUUCACCCUGGAAAACCAGAUCCAUAGAAAUGGGGAAUACAGAAAUGAUAAAUUUAUUGGCAUGAAAUUCAAGGAAGUGAGAUUUGAAGACUCAUUGUUUGAGGAAUGCUACUUUGAAGAUGUGACAUCCAGCGAGACCUUCUUUGAAAACUGCACCAUCAUCUCUACUGUCUUUUAUAACACUGAUCUCUAUGAACACAAGUUCAUCAACUGCAGAUUGAUAAACAGCACGUUUAUGAAGGAGAAGGAAGGCUGUCACCUGGACUUCGAGGAGGACAAUGAUUUCCUGAUCUACCUGGUCAGCUUCCUGGGCAGCCUGUCUGUGCUGCCGGGCAACAUCAUCUCUGCGUUACUCAUGGACAAAAUAGGGAGGAUAAAGAUGAUUGGUGGCUCAAUGUUGAUCUCAGCAGUGUGCUGCUUCUUUCUGUUUUUCGGCAACAGCGAGUCAGCUAUGAUCGGCUGGCAGUGCCUCUUCUGUGGGGCCAGCAUCGCCGCCUGGAACGCCCUGGAUGUGAUCACCGUGGAGCUCUACCCCACCGACAAAAGGGCAACAGCCUUUGGCAUCCUCAAUGGGCUUUGCAAGUUUGGUGCCAUCCUGGGGAACUCAAUCUUUGCCUCCUUUGUAGGGAUAACCAAGGUGGUUCCCAUCCUUCUGGCUUCCUCUGCUCUGGUUGGAGGUGGUUUGCUUGCUUUGCGCCUGCCAGAGACUCGAGAUCAGGUCCUGAUGUGAGCAACCGAGGCUGGGGGGGACCAGGGGGGCAGACAUAGAAGAGGAACAAAAAAGAGCCCUGUUCAGAAAAAUCAAAAUGUCCAUUUCUGUACUGUUCUGUCGAUACCUCAAAGAGAGAGGACAGAGGGGAAAAAAGAACCCAAAGGGAUAAAAUGAAACCUCUAGUUUCUGGCCCUUUUACAGCCGCGACUGGUGCAUGCAGCUGCUACACACCCCUUGCAGAGCUUGGGUCUAACCUUGCCUACACUGGGACUCUGCCCUUCCCCUCUCCAUCCCAGUGUAACGACACAGGACACAAACGGUGGCUUUGUGCAUGUGUGCUCCUGCGUGGGUGUGAGCGUGUCCAACAGGAGGACAGAUCCUGACCCCCUCCUGCCUUUGCUGAGCUGUGAGAUGCUGCCCGCCUUGCCCAGCGCUCCUUGGCUAUUCAUAUCAGCUGUGCUCAGACACGAGGGCAUCCGAAGGGGAGGCAGGUAACCAGCGUACUGUAAGCGAGCUCCAGAAAUGGGGACAAGAGCUACAAAUGUGACUAGUGACCCUGGCUGUCUUGAUUUUGGGGUUACCACCUGAGCCACCUCAAAGAGCGAGUGAGUCCUGAUUUCUGGAGGAUUAGAGGGUGGGUGCUCAGGCCUCUCAGGGUUUCAAAGCCCUUUACUGUUUUCACUUGGGCAUAGAGAAUCAUUAAGCACCUUCUUGGUCUGGGAGAGAAACAUAUACAGAAUUAUAUAUAUAUGUAUUUAUACAUUCUUGCAAAUGUACAUGCACACAUUGAAGUGAUCAGCUAUUAAAAUUUAUAAUAUUUAAUUUCUGCACCCUUGAGAAAAUGUUAAGAGAGACACUAAAAACUAAUCCCACUAAUUCAAUAUUAUCUGGAGUCAUGACCAACUUGGUGGCACUUCAUUCUUUAUAUCCAGACACUAAAUAUUUAAAUGUAUUGGUGGCCAGGGAUAAAUAUCUCUAUGAUGAUUAAGAACUUUUUCCUACAGCAUUUACAGAGGAGAAAUUGAUAUGAUGUUGAAACGUUCCACAAACCAAAUGUGUACAUAUUAUCCAAUGUAAAUAGUGGAUUUUUUUGUCUAAUACCUAGAAUAUGGUAACUGUGAAUUUACCAGCAUUUUAGCCAUAUUAUUUAAAGAAUAUGAUGCUUGAUUUUCUUAUAUACUUGGGUCUCACUGAAACACUGUAAGCACAGUUACUUAAAGCCAUUUAACUUGUUACACAGGGAAUGCAUGCAGCAAGCUUUCACUGUACAGAAUAUUAAAUUCUCCAUUAAGUGGCAUGGUUCAGUUUGAUGUCCUGUAAAGACCAUUUUUGAAAUUCAUAUGCCCUUUUUAUCAUACAACUUAAGUCCUGUUGCACCUAAAAGCAAAGUGAGUUGUGUAUUUUUGGAUAUAUUUUCUUGGGAUCGAGCAAGAAAUACAUACUGUUAAGUAACACACCAAUGCUCACAAUUUGCUAGAUAGUGCUAAUUAGACCCUUUCAGCAAGCUCAACAAUAGACCAGAAUUGAUCAGAAUCUGCCACAUAAUGCAGGGAAUUUUUCUCACCAGGAUAUUUUGUGACAUAAAAUAUUCUUUUGUACUUUUGCUAAUGAUUUUCUUAUUUACCUUUCUUACCUUUCUUUGGAUCCCUUUUUUAUUUUAUUUAUUUUUACCGUGGGAGUCAGUGUCAGUGUUGCUGCAGAGAACAGCUGAAGGACACAGAGCGUGGCUAGAUCACAAGAAGCAAAUCUUUGCAAUGAGGCAAAACCCUCUAAUGAGCAUCACUUUUAUCAUUGUGGCAAUCAGGGAUAAACACUUAUUGAGCAACUAGGCUACAAUGGGCUAUUUGGGAUUUUUGAGCUUUAUUCUGAGGUUUGUGAAAUUGAUAAAAUCACAAGCUGCUGUAAUAAUGGAGCUUAUUAUGCCUCAUUUCUUCAUUUUAUGGGUAGCUUAGGACCUUUUUUGAUUUGUCUUCAAAACAGCAAGGUUACUUCUCUAAGGUAGGAGUGAAUGUAAUUACGUCCUUUGGCAGCAGUUCACAGUUUCUGUUGAGAAUCACAGUCCAGAAUGUGUUUUUUUCUUUCUUUUUUUUUUCUCUAAGUCUGGACUUUUUGCAUGGUGAGAAGCAGCUAAAUAUGUAUUUCAACACAAAAGAUCACCAUGGGUUUUAUAUUUUGUCCAUUUUGGGGGCUGUGCAUGCCAAUUAGCACAUUGCAAUUGAAGGGGAGAAAUUUGGUUUCAUUUUCCGGACUAUUCUGUUGUGCUGCUUUGUGGAGCCAGAACUUACCUCUAUUUAUUUUAUGAAGCACUCUUAUUUAUCUCUCAUCCAAUGGUCUGACAGUAAAAUUGACUAUUUGUGUUCUCCAUUGAUAUUGUACAGUGACUCUAAUAGCACCAUUUAUUUUGCAAAACUUCCCUGUUAAUUUUCAGAGAAUGAAGAAAUUGAGAUCCGGAGGAGAUACAAGUGGUGAGGUAAUAUUAGGAAAUAUUAUCUGAUCUUAGAAACCUUUCUUCUUUACAGAAUGGCUCUUUCACAGGCUGCUAGACAUUACCUUUGAGAGACUAGAUAGGAGAACGUAAAGAGCAAUAGGAUCUUGUUUUCAGUGUCACCCAGGCUACCCACAUAACCGUAGAAACUCCUUGCACCCCUGUAAUCCAUGGGUCAGUCACUUGAGGGCCAGGAGUCGAUGCAUGUGCAUUGGGACAGGGCUUCCACCCAUGACUUGACAAGGGAGUUCAUGGCCUAAUAAGAAAGGGCAAACUCACACUGCCACUGACACACCGGAGCCUGGGAAAAGACCACAAUGAACAGGGAAGGAAGAAAGGAAAAGCUAACGAGAAACCAUAUCACCUAGUCUUAGACAUCCAUGAGUUAGAUGUCUGGAUCUGAACUCAUUGCCCUCGGUUCCCAUUAUUCUCAGUUGAAAGGCACAGGCAAUAUAGGUGACCAUGCUCCGGCUCCAUGAUGAGAAGAAGACAGCUUGCCCCGGAUAGCCCUGCUCCUCUCCUUCCAUAACAGAGAAAUCAAAGGCAACGGCUCCAGGUCAGGCAUUUGCCUUUGUGACACCUGGGCUGACGUCUUCCAUCCAACUUCAGUGUGAACAAGGCUUAGUCAAUCUUCCUGAUGUGUUCAUUUAUUGUCCUUGUCAUAGUGUAAAAGCCAUGUAGGCUUCACACUACUGCUCUCCAGAGCAAAACGGUAGGCGGGUGCAGUCCCCUCAGCACUGGCUGUGUUUUGAUUUGGGUCUCAGUUUCAAGCUAUGGGCUACCUGCUAGGCUGAGCCUGAGCCAGCCGGAGCACUGUGCAGGGGGAGAUUUCUCAUUGGGUACCUCUUCUGAUGGCUCAUCUUGCUUUCUCCUGCAAAAUCAGCAUUACACCUGCAGUGCAAAGGCCAGCAUGUCUCCUCAGUGGUUCCCCCUGCACACGUUUGCCACAGUGAACAAUCUCCUUGUCUUGGAGUUUUGAUACACUGGAUCAUCCACAGAGAAGAGAACUGCCUACUAUGGGUCUAUUGAUGAUCCCUGUACAGCGCUAUUUCCUUGGAUUAACAAACUUCACAGCAACGGGGGCACAGAAGACCAAGACAGGGGACUUGCCUUAAAUCUCAAAGACCUUUUCUGGAGGACAUCUGGACCUCUUUCUGCACACUUGGCACACCAGUCCAGCCGCUUAGCCAGGGAGAAGGUGGGUCUGGGGAACCAAAACUGGCCUGCAGUGACUUGGUGUCUUUAUCUGCACAGCGGUGUAAUGUGGGUCAUAGGAGGAGUUCAUUUCUGAGCAUGCAGAAACAAACAGAGAAACACAAAGAACUGCUGAUAGUAUUAAAAAAAACCUUUGGUAUUGUGAUGAGUUCUGCCUCCUUAUAUUCCCUGUUGACUUAGCUGGUUGUUGUAUGCCAGUUCCUUUACUUGAGUUGUGCAGGGCGGCUCCUGCCACCGCCUUUGGCUUCAUUGUGUCCUACUGUUGGUGGCUUCAGCCUGGGCUGGGUGGGGUGAUCCCACUCUGUAUGAUCCUCAUCCCUUUGAAAUACUAUGUGACUUAAAAGCAGUGGUGUAUGGCUCUCUUGAACUAAGAAAAGGGUCACUCUUGGGAAACGUAUCUCCAGAGCCAGGUGUUCUACACACUGAGGAGUGAUCAGGCAGCCUGAUGUCCUUUGGUGAUACUGGAGAGGUGCAGUAAGGGACAUUCCCUGAGCCUGGGAGCAGUCCAGCCCCUAAACUUGGUUUACACAGGGGCACAGAGAGAGGCUGUAUGGAGCUGAGCUUUCUGCAGACAUGCAGGUCUCUUCCAGGUCCUGCUUUGAGACCUCCAUCAACAGAGAAUACUCUGAUGUGGUUAAGGAGGCUUUAGGUCCAUUGAUGUUCCCUGCUUGUGUCCUUUCUCUUUCCAAAGGACACACAAAACUGGAGAGUAUAUUUUUAGGUUUAUGUAGAUUUGAGCCCCACACAUUAUAUUUCCAUCAAAUUUCUCCCUCAGAUUUUCACCCUCGUAUUAGUAAAUGCUGCUUUUAGGAAGAACCAAGCCUGGGAACUGUGAAGGAAACAGAAUGAAAGAAAUUUCUUUGCUGUAUGUGAUGCUAGUGCUGUAUAAGUGUACACACACUGCGAGUUCCACUGUAAAUAACACCCUGUGUCGUGCGUUUAAUGAAAAGUUUCAUUUAGAUGUUCCGUCGCCUCUGUGUGUGAAAUAGCCAAUUCCAGUCCCUUGGUUCCUUUUGUUCACUUGAAACCUUUCUUCUUUUAUUUAUUUUUUAUUUGAUCUGUGUCUGAUUGUCACUGGAAAUUGCAGCUGUUCCAAUGGACUUUGUUUUUGUUCUCUCUGUCACAUUAAAAAGCUGGAAGAAAAAGAA